GUUCGGACCUAUUUUCUUUUGUUUGGUGUUUCAUUUUCGCCAUGCCUGAGCCCGCCAAGUCCGCUCCGGCCCCGAAGAAGGGCUCCAAGAAGGCCGUGACCAAGGCGCAGAAGAAGGACGGCAAGAAGCGCAAGCGCAGCCGCAAGGAGAGCUACUCGGUGUACGUGUACAAGGUGCUGAAGCAAGUGCAUCCGGACACGGGCAUUUCUUCUAAGGCCAUGGGCAUCAUGAACUCGUUCGUGAACGACAUCUUCGAGCGCAUCGCGGGCGAGGCGUCGCGCCUGGCGCAUUACAACAAGCGCUCGACCAUCACGUCCCGGGAGAUCCAGACGGCCGUGCGCCUGCUACUACCCGGGGAGCUGGCUAAACACGCGGUGUCCGAGGGCACCAAGGCGGUCACCAAGUACACCAGCUCCAAGUGAGUUCAUCUUAACUCACUCCUAACCCAAAGGCUCUUUUCAGAGCCACCUACACUUUCAGUCAAAAAGUCUGUUGCACAUGCGUCCUCCCAUGUAGUCAAUUUGGGGUGGUGGACGUGGACAUCUAGUUUUUGCCGCUCAGCGUUUUCUUCAUGUGGACCCUUCCCUCUCCAAGUACUUUACAAGCAGCUCCUAGUGUCAUUCCUAAGUUGAAUGCUAUUGGGACAGCCAAUCAUGUUUUGGAUUUUCGGGUAUUCCUUUGGCUUUGUUUACAGG